AUGGACGUGUUGGCUGGUAGCGUAGCAAAUACCCUGAAAAAUUUGCGAGGUAAGAGAGAUUUUCUUGCGGAGCAAAGAAAGCAAUAUAUCAGUAUAAGAGGCCGGCUGAUAAGCUUUAACAGUGGUAACAACAGUGACGAUGAAGGAGCUGAGAGUCCAGGUUUGGUGUUUGGUGAUAUUAUAAUUUCAGCGAGGAGGAUAUAUUUGAGUAUAGGCUAUGAAUAUUACGUGGAAAAAAGUAAAGAGGAGGCCGUUGCGUUCGUUGAUGAUAAACUAAAACUAAUGGAUGAUGCUGUUGAACAGUUCGAUAUAAAGAUCGAAGAGGCCAAGAAGACUUUGCAUAACCUAAAUUCUAUAGACGCUGGAGCAGGAGAUGGGCAGGAGGAGAUGGACAACGAGGAAGAUUUUCUCGCCUCUGUGGAGAUUAGAGAGGAACUAGAUGAAGAGGGGAACGUCAUAAGUAGCACUGUCACUCCUACAACGAAACAGUCGCCGCAACCAAGUACGAAAGAGGAAGAGGAAAUAGGAGUAGUUUCUCAAAAGGAGGAGCAUUCGACAAAAGAGAAGAAAUCAAAUUCCUUUGAGGAAAAUCUGAAGGGCAAGCUUUCUAAAAAGAGCACUGAAGUAAAAAGAGUAGUAGAGCCAUCUAAAGUUGACACAGAAAACGUGUACACGUUUGCUGACCUGGUCCAGCAGAUGGACAAACAGGAUGAAUUGGAGGACGGCUCUAUUGGCAUUGAUGAGAUAAACUACGAUUACGAUGCGUACGAAAACUCCAAUUUCAAGGUCUAUGAUUAUAACAGUGAGGAGCAUGAAGGGUACGAGGAGUUUGAAGAUGACGAAGAAUAUGCAGGUCAUUCCAUUAUACCUGGUUUUGAAGCUCAAUCUUCAUUUUUAAAGCAAAUUCAACGGCUACGCGAACAAAAGCAAGCUCAGGGACACAAGCAGGUAACUGCUGACGGUAGUGAGCCUUUGAAACCUAUUUUGAAGAAGUCUUCCACUAUUGAGGAACCGGCCAAAAAGCACAAAAAGAAACAAGUUGGGUUUGCCUCAUCUUUGGAAAUCCAUGAAGUGGAAAACUUGAAGGAAGAGAAUAAAAGACAGAUGCGGUCGUUCUCAACCCCCACGUAUGAUGUAAUAAACAACCAGGAAAUCAUGGGGCCUGCUAACGAAAUGGCAUCGGAUGAGUUCGAUGGUGAUCUAUUUGCCAAGAUGUUGGGUGUCCAAGAAGCUGAUGAAAUUCACGAUAGAUAUAAGGACGAAGUGGAGAGUCAGCAGGAGCAGGAAGAUGGAAUGAGCAGGCCGGGUAGGAAAGAUCGGGUUUCCAGAUUCAAGAAGGACAGAGCCUCCAGGAAGCAGGAUGCAGUGCUGAAUCACGGGCGCAUAAGGAGUAAACCUUCGGUUGAAGGUGGUACAGUGCAAGAGCAGUCGGCUGUGAGUGAUGUUAUAGAAAGGGAGCCGGUCGUUGGCAAUAUAGUGGAAGGGAAACCGGCAGCUGACAAUUAUAACAAGUUUGAGAGUUUGUUGGAAAAAAAAAAUUUGAAAUCAUUGCAAAAGCCAAAGUCAUCGAAAUCGAAGAAAAUAAAAUUUGACCCCAAAAUGUUUGAGGAUGUAAGUGAUGAUGGUGAUGAUGAUGAUAUUGACGACGACAAGAAACCUGGGGCCAACCGAAAUGAAAGUAGUGCAGAUGAAGAAAAAUUUCCUUCAAAGAUCCAAGAGGUGUCUAGGUCGAUGGCGCAGACGGGUGCAACCAUAGAGGGCAAGCCCAUCAAGGUUACAAAUGUUGACUACCACGCUCUGGGUGGAGACAUGGAUGACAUGGUCAAGGCGUAUUCCUUAGGGUUGUAUGACGACGACUUGGAGGAGGAUCCGGGGACCAUAGUGGAGAAACUCGAGGAUUUCAAAGAGUACAAUAGGCAGGUGGAAUUGCUGCGUGAAGAGAUUCGAGACUUCCAACUGAAGAACCCGCCCCACGCAGCGGAGGCAAAAGAGGAAACCGAUGACAAAAUCAUGGUGGAUGUCGUUGAGCGUGAGUUUCCGGAAAGUUACGCGGACGAUGCAGACGAAGUGGUACUGCAUCCAGACCGGCUACAGGAGGCGGUUGCAAUCGAGUAUCGACGAUUAAAGGAGACUGCGGCGCUGAAGUGGCAGUCAUCAUCUCUGGACACGCAUUCGGAAGGCGAGUUGGAACCCAUUGAUGAGUUUGGGAACCCGGUGAGCACGAGUCGCUUCCGGUCUCAACGACUUCAUAUGGACAUAACCGAUAGAAAGUAA